AUGUCCGAGGAAGCCCCACGCGUCGAGCUCAACACGGCCGCCCUGGAUUUCGACCUAUCCGCGCCCGUCAACCAGUUCCAGCAGACCACGGCCCAGACUCCAGAGCAGCUCGACCACAUGGCCGCUGAAGCUGCCCCGCACUCCAACGGCACCACGCACCACGACGUGCAGCAGAGCGCAUCCCAGGCCAAGGACAGCCUUCUCGAGACGACCAACGCCAUCAACGCCGCAAACAACCACCCCAGCGUCCAAAACGCAAAGAACGCCGUCAUGAACGGUCCCGUUGCACAGAAUGUCAAGGCCGAGGGCGCAAAGACGCGCGAUGAGUUUGCUGAUCUCGCAAACUCCAAGACGGUGCCCGAGCAGAAGACGGCCACUGGCCAGAACCUCACUCACUACCACAGCAUGUUCUACCGCCUGUUGAGCUGGAAGAACCCCCGCGCCACCGCCAUCGCCUUUGCCAGCAGCAUCGUCUUCAUCUUCGCCUCGCGCUACUUGAACCUGAUCCGCUACAUCUUCAAGACGUCGUACAUGGUCCUUGGUGCUACUGCCGCGGCUGAGGUUGCGGGGCAGCUGACCAUUGGUCGUGGCCUGACGUCUCAGUUCCGUCCCCGACAGUACUUCACCAUCCCCAAGGCCUCGCUCGAGCGCAUGACGGACGACUUUGAGCAGCUCAUCAACUUCUUUGUCAUCGAGUCGCAGCGUGUUGUGUUUGCCGAGAACGUCUACGUCACAAUUGCUGCUUUCUUCGCAUCCCUCUUCUCCUACUUCCUCAUCAAGUUUGUGCCUCUCUGGGGCCUGGCUCUGAUUGCGACCCACAUCACCUUCCUCGGCCCCCUCAUCUACAUCAAGAACAAGGAUGUGAUUGACGCUCAGCUGGAAAAGGGCUACAACAUUGCCAACCAGCAGGCUCAGCAAGUCAAGGGCCUUGCCAACCAGCGCGCCGAGCAGGCCAUGAAGACUGUGCAGGGCUACACACAACAGGCUACUGCCAAGGCCCAGGAGACUGUGAACCAGUACCGCGGCCGCUCGGCUUCUCCAGAGGUCAAGAAGCAAGCUUUCCCUGCCGCUCCCAAGCACGAACCCGUGGCCGAGUCACUCUCUGAAGAGGAACACGAGCCGGUCGCGCAGCCUGCUCUGUAA